AUGAAGAAAAGGAUGCUUUUUUAUAAGGCUCAGUCAAGUUUUGGUGGUGAUAAUUCAUCAUCAGAUGAUGCUACUAGUGAUGAGGAAGAGGAUGGUGAUGAUGAUGAUGAUGUUAGCAGUGUUAGCAAUGUUGACUCACAUACAUCAGAACCAUCCAUACCAACAGAGGUCGAAGAAGAACCAGCACUGGAAGAGCCAUUGACUGCCACUGAUACAGAAUCGGAGAUAGAGGAUGAUAUUUCUGGGAAAAGAGUCUAUAUCAAAGAUGACAAUUUGAGGACACAAGCAAAGUUUGUUGUCUUUCUUCCACAACUCAUGGAAUUAUUUGGCACUUGUCCAACCUGUAGCAUGCCAGGUGUCCUCAUUGAUGUUAAAAAGUUUGGAACAAUGGUACAAAUCGAGAGAACAUGCAGUCAAAAAAAGUGCACAAAACGCAACAAUGUGUGGAGCAGUCAACCAAAAUUUCCUAACUCCAGUAUUCCAGCGGGGAAUUUACUUCUGUCAUUUGCCAUUUUAACUGGCGGUGGAUCUGCAAGCAAAACGCUAAGAAUAUUUGAACAUAUGGGGUUAGGAAGCAUAUCUCUGUCCACAUUCUACCGCCAUCAACGUACCAAGCUGUUUCCCACCAUUCAUAUGCAUUGGAAAUCAUACAAAGCAUCAUGGCAAGCAAAGUUGAAAGAAAUAGAUGGCAUUGUUUUAGCUGGGGAUGGUCGUCAUGACAGUAUGGGACAUAGCGCAAAAUACUGUGCAUAUAGUUUGUUCUGUUGUGAUGAUCCAAUAAAUGCAAUAAUUGAUUUCAGUUUAGUGCAGAGAAAUGAAGCUGGCAGCAGUCCUGCCAUGGAAUAUAUGGCUUUCACAAGAUCAAUGGAGGAUGUAUCAAAAAAUGAUUUGAAUGUUAACACUUUUGUGUCUGAUCGCCAUUCAUCCAUUGCCAAACACAUGCGAGAAAAGCUGCCAGAAAUCACUCACUACUUUGACCUGUGGCAUUUGACAAAAGUUUCAAAAGUACUGAGCAAAAUUGCUAAGGAGAACGAUUGUGAGGUGCUUUUACCAUGGGUGAAGCCAUGUGUUAACCAUCUCAUCUGGAGUGCCACAUCCACAGCUGAUGGUAAUGGCCAAGUCAUUUGGGCAAAAUUGGAAUCAUCUUUGGAACAUGUUGCUAAUGUUCACAAAGACCUUCCUAAUCCUGUCUUCAAUAAGUGUGCACAUGAUGAUAUAGAGGAAAGAACAUGGCUUGAUAAAG